CGUCGCCAUCUUGUUUAUAUAUCGGGCGCCAAUUGAUUCCAAUAGCUCAGACGACUCCGCUGCUCGUCCAAUAGAUACUAUCGAUUUUCUUUGCCACUCGUUGGUUUCAAUAUUUGCAAGCGAAGCCCAGGACAUGAACUUUUUUGGAAGCAAAUUCGGGAAAGGAAAAUCAAAAAAAGACGGGACGGCGAAACCUCUAUGGCUAAGUCAGCCAUUUGUCGAGGCAACCCUUGUCAACGGCAGUUUGCGGAAGGUGGUGGCGUUACCACGAUAUGUGGACAUUAAUGAAUGGCUAGCGGUCAAUACCUUUGAUUUCUUCAACUACGUGAAUCUGUUUUAUGGUGCAAUUGCAGAAUUCUGCACACCAAGAGAUUGCUCAGUCAUGAACGCAGGACCAAGCACCGAAUAUACCUGGACAGAUGGUCAACGCCGAACGGUUAAAAUUCCAGCUCCUCAGUACGUAGACUACGUAAUGACAUGGAUUCAAAACGUGCUCAACGACGAGACAGUCUUUCCGACAAAAUCAGGCUCCGAAUUCCCACCAAAUUUCCUCAUCUCCAUCCGCGGUAUCUUUAAGCAACUUUUCCGAAUCUUUGCGCACAUAUACCAUGUGCACUACGAUAAAAUUCUUCAUGUGUCAGCCGAGGGCCACUUAAAUACCCUUUUUGCGCACUUUAUCUGUUUUGCAAGGGAGUUUGAUCUAUUGGAUAAGAAGGAACUGACCCCACUUAUCGAUUUUGUGGUAGAGCUGGAGCAAUCGCAGCGGAUAUAGUGGUUUGGAUCUAGGAAAGCGAGAAGGGAGAAGAAUUGGGGUAUCGUGGACUCUAAUUUUCCUGUAUCUACGUUUAUAUAGUAUAUCAUUUCAUACGUAUAUGGGGCGAUGGACGUCGCGGGCGCUGUUCUACAUAAUACAGUUUUCACCAGCUUCGAUAUUAGUCACGGGACAUGCACAUCCUAC